GCUCCUUCCAAGCGCAAUAAAAGCAACCAUUUCCCUUCCACGUCUCUUUUCCCGUAGACUUAGAACUAUGGCUCCCCGUAUAGCCUCCCAUUUUCUGGGAGGCAAUUCCCUAGAUUUUGCACCUUCCAGCAAGGUGAAAGAUUAUAUUGCUUCACGUGGUGGACAUACCGUAAUCACGUCUAUUUUAAUUGCUAAUAAUGGUAUCGCUGCUGUGAAAGAAAUUCGAAGCAUCCGAAAAUGGGCUUAUGAAACGUUUAAUAAUGAAAGAGCUAUCAGAUUCACCGUCAUGGCUACUCCCGAUGAUUUGAAGGUAAACGCCGACUAUAUUCGUAUGGCCGACCAGUACGUGGAAGUUCCUGGCGGUUCAAAUAAUAACAACUAUGCAAACGUGGAACUCAUCGUUGAUGUUGCAGAGCGCAUGAAGGUCCAUGCCGUUUGGGCUGGUUGGGGUCAUGCUUCCGAAAACCCCAAACUUCCAGAAAUGUUGGCCGCUAGCAAACAAAAAAUUGUUUUUAUCGGUCCCCCUGGUAGUGCUAUGCGUAGUUUGGGUGACAAAAUUAGCUCAACCAUUGUGGCUCAAAGUGCGAAGGUCCCUUGUAUGCCCUGGUCAGGUUUGGGCCUCGAAAAAGUCCGCAUCGAACCCGAAACCAACAUUGUAACAGUCGAUGACGACAUUUAUCAAAAGGCCUGUAUCAAUACCGCUGAGGAUGGUGUUGCUAUCGCCGAGAAAAUUGGAUAUCCCGUCAUGAUUAAGGCGUCCGAAGGUGGUGGUGGUAAGGGUAUUCGUCAAGUCUCUUCCUCUCAGCAGUUCACACACGCUUAUCAACAGGUUUUAGCCGAACUCCCUGGCUCUCCUGUAUUUGUGAUGAAGCUUGCUGGUCAAGCCCGUCACUUGGAAGUCCAAAUCCUAGCCGAUCAGUACGGCAAUAACAUUUCCGUAUUUGGCCGUGAUUGCUCAGUUCAGCGUCGUCAUCAAAAGAUUAUUGAAGAAGCCCCUGUCACCGUCGCUCCUCCUAGUACUUUCCGUGAGAUGGAGCGCGCUGCCGUUCGUUUGGGUGAACUUGUUGGUUAUGCGUCUGCUGGUACCAUUGAGUAUCUUUAUGAACCUGAAAAUGAUAAAUUUUAUUUCCUUGAAUUGAACCCUCGUUUACAAGUUGAACACCCUACCACCGAAAUGGUUUCCGGCGUAAACUUACCCGCCGCUCAACUUCAAAUUGCUAUGGGUAUUCCUUUAAAUCGCAUUCCCCACAUUCGUGAACUUUACGGUCUAUCCCGUGAUAGCGAGACCGAGAUUGAUUUUGCUUUUGAAAAACCAGAAUCCCAUAAAAUCCAAAAAAUGCCCACUCCAAAGGGUCAUUGUAUCGCUUGUCGUAUUACCUCAGAGGAUCCCGGUGAAGGUUUUAAGCCUUCCAGCGGUAUGAUUAGAGACUUAAAUUUCCGUUCUUCCAGCGAUGUCUGGGGUUAUUUCUCCGUCGGUACCGCAGGUGGUAUUCAUGAAUUCGCCGAUUCCCAAUUUGGCCACAUCUUCGCUUUUGCAGAUAACCGUGAAGCAACGCGUAAGUCUAUGAUUGUAGCCUUGAAGGAAUUGUCUAUUCGUGGUGAUUUUAGGACAACCGUUGAAUAUUUGGUUCGUCUACUUGAGACUGGUGAGUUUGCUCAUAAUGAAUUUACCACCGCUUGGUUAGACAAACUUAUCGCUCAAAAAGUAACUUCUGCCCGUCCUGAUAAGAUGCUUACAGUUGUUUGCGGUGCCCUGGUUCGUGCUCAUGCAAUUGCCGAAGAACAAUAUCGUGCCUUUAAAUCUUAUUUGGAACGUGGCCAAGUUCCUUCUCGUGAUUUUCUAAAAAAUGUUUAUGAUAUAGAGUUUAUUUACGACGGUAAUCGUUACAGGUUCACAGCCUCUCGCUCUUCUCCAGGUUCCUAUCAUCUAUUCUUAAAUGGCUCCCGUUGUACCGCAGGAGUUCGCUCAUUAACUGAUGGUGGGUUACUUGUGUUGCUAAAUGGUCAGUCUUAUACUGUCUAUUAUAGGGAUGAGGUUACCGGUACACGAAUCUCUAUAGAUAACAUGUCAUGUAUGCUAGAACGGGAAAAUGAUCCAACUCAACUGCGUACUCCUUCUCCGGGUAAGUUGGUUCGUUUCUUGGUUGAAACCGGCGAACAUAUUAAGGCGGGUGAAGCUUAUGCUGAAGUCGAGGUUAUGAAAAUGAUUAUGCCAUUAGUAGCCACUGAGGAUGGUAUUGUGCAAUUAAUAAAACAGCCCGGUGCCUCUGUUGGUUCAGGUGACAUCCUUGGUAUCCUUACUUUGGAUGACCCUAGCCGUGUUAAACAUGCACUUCCCUUUAACGGUCAGCUACCUAACUUUGGUGAUCCUCAAAUUGCUGGUAACAAGCCUUGCCAACGUUAUCAUCAAUUGUUAUCCAUCUUGCUUGAUAUUUUGAAGGGUUAUGACAAUCAAAUAAUUCUUAACAGUACAUAUAAGGAGAUUAUUGAAGUUCUGCGUGAUCCUGAACUGCCAUUUAGUGAGUGGAGCUCUCAUUAUUCUGCAUUGGUUAGUCGCAUGCCGCCCGUGUUAGAUAAGUUAUUUGUUUCCAUUAUUGAAAAAUCAAGAGCCCGCAGAACUGAAUUUCCUGCCAAACAGCUAGAAAUGGCUCUUCAGACGUACUGUGAGGGUCAGAAACUAUCUUUGACCCAACAGUUAAAACAGCAAAUUGCUCCCUUGAUUGAUGUUAUCAAUGAUUAUAAAGACGGUCUAAAGGUGCACGAAUAUAAUGUUGUCAAAAGUAUCUUGGAGGAGUAUUAUAACGUUGAGCGCUUGUUUUCAGGUCCUAACAAAAGAGAAGAAGAUGUUACCCUUCGCCUUCGGGACGAUAACAAGGAUAACGUUGAUAAAGUCAUUGCUCUUGCCUUGUCUCAUUCUCGUAUCGGUUCUAAGAAUAACCUUCUUAUAACUGUGCUUGAUCUUAUAAAAUCGGAACCCUCUACUUUUGUUUCAUUAUACUUCAAUGAUAUUUUAAGAAAAUUGACAGAUCUCGAUUCCAGAGCUACUGCCAAAGUAUCUCUUAAGGCUCGUGAAUUACUGAUUUCGUGCGCUAUGCCUUCGCUUUCGGAGCGGUUUUCCCAAAUGGAACAUAUCUUGAAAACCUCAGUUGUCGAGAGUCAUUAUGGUGAUUCUAAGUUUUCUCAUCGUCCUCCUAAUCUUGAUAUUUUAAAGGAGCUCAUUGACUCUAAGUAUACCGUUUUCGAUGUUUUACCUGCUUUCUUCUGUCAUCCCGAUCCAUGGGUUUCUUUAGCUGCUCUUGAAGUGUAUGUGCGUAGAGCUUAUCGAGCAUAUGCCGUUUUAGAAUUAAACUAUCAUGUUGAGAGUGGUACACCUUUCGUGCUUUCUUGGAAAUUCCAGCUUCGUGCUAGUAGUACACCAGGCCAAGGUGCCAGUGGUGCAAAUGGUCUUCUUCCCAGCAGUGGCUCUCCUUCUUUGGAAAAUGAAAACAAACGUCUUCAAUCUUAUAGUGAUCUUUCUUGGUAUGUAAACAAGAAUGAUUCGGAACCUUUCCGUUUUGGUGCUGUUGUUGCGGCUGAGAACUUUGAUCAGUUGGAAACCAAUUUUGCUCUGGCCAUCGAGCGUUUGCCUCUUUCGCGUAAUUAUUUCAAUGCCGGAUUGACGUUGAACAGUGAUGACCCUUCUACUGCUCCUCUUCAAGAACUCACUAAUGUUUUAAAUGUUGCUCUGACAUCUACUAAUGACCUUGAAGAUUCCGCUAUCGUGGACAGGCUUAGCUCAAUUCUAAGAGAAUUCCAGGAUGAUUUGUUAGAACAUAACGUCCGAAGAAUUACAGUGAUUGGUGGAAGACAUAAUAAGUCGGCCCAUCCAUCAUACUUCACUUAUCGCGCUUCCUCAGAUAGUUUUGAGCAUCAGUCGGUUCGUUACGUUGAAGAUGAACGAAUUCGUCACAUAGAACCCGCUUUGGCUUUCCAAUUGGAAUUAGGUAGACUCUCUAAUUUCGAUAUCGAGCCUGUUUUUAUUGACAAUCACAAUAUUCAUGUUUACCGUGCAACAGCUAAGAACAUGAAUACAGAUAAGCGAUUCUUUACUAGAGCUCUUGUACGUCCUGGAAGGCUUCGUGACGAGAUCCCAACCGCUGAGUAUCUUAUAUCUGAAACUCACCGCUUGAUAAAUGACAUUCUUGAUGCUCUUGAGGUAAUUAGCCCUGAAGAAACUGAUCUUAAUCAUAUCUUUAUCAAUUUCCUUCCUGCUUUUGGACUUGCCCCCAAACAGGUCGAAGCUGCUUUAGGCGGAUUUUUAGAGCGAUUCGGACGUCGUUUAUGGCGCUUGCGUGUAACCGCUGCUGAAAUUCGUAUUAUUUGCACCGAUCCUACCACUAAUACUCUUUUCCCCUUGCGUGUAAUAAUAUCUAACGUGUCUGGAUUUGUCGUAAAUAUUGAACUUUAUGCAGAAGUGAAGACUGAAAAUAACUCUUGGAUAUUCAAAAGCAUUGGCCAACCUGGCUCCAUGCAUCUUAGACGUAUUAACACGCCUUAUCCAAAUAAAGAAUGGCUUCAACCUCGUCGCUACAAGGCACAAUUGAUGGGUACAACGUUCGUAUAUGAUUUCCCUGAGUUAUUUCGUCGUGCUUUUAGCGAUUGCUGGAGAAAUUUGGACAAAGGUGAUUCCGAGAAUCCUAUUCCACAAGACAUGUUUGAUUGUAAGGAGUUGGUUGAGGAUGAAAAGGGUGAUUUACAAGAAGUUAGUCGUGAACCAGGGACUAACUCUUGUGGUAUGGUUGCUUGGUCAGUAACCGCCAAGACUCCUGAGUAUCCUAAUGGUAGAAAAAUGAUCAUUGUGGCCAAUGAUAUUACAUUCCAAAUUGGCUCGUUCGGACCUCGUGAGGACAACUUCUUUUUUAAGGUAACUGAACUUUCCCGUCAACGUGGUGUUCCCAGACUCUACUUGGCUGCCAAUUCUGGUGCCCGUAUUGGUGUUGCAGAUGAAUUGAUUCCCUUAUUCAAUAUAGCUUGGAACGACGCCGAUUCACCCGAGAAAGGAUUCGAAUAUUUAUAUAUAACUCCUGAAGUUCAAGAGCGAAUGGACAAGCAAGAGUCUAAGACUAUUGAAACUGAAAAAGUUGAAACUGAAUCUGGUGAAGUUCGUUACAAGAUCACCACCAUCAUUGGUUCUGGUGAAGGACUCGGUGUUGAAUGUUUGAGAGGAUCUGGUUUAAUUGCUGGUGUUACAUCUCGAGCUUAUGGUGAUAUCUUCACUUGCACACUUGUAACUUGCCGUGCCGUUGGUAUUGGUGCAUAUCUCGUUCGCCUUGGACAAAGAGCUGUUCAAGUGGAAGGUCAGCCUAUCAUUCUUACGGGUGCUCCUGCUCUCAAUAAGGUAUUAGGACGUGAAGUCUAUAAUUCUAACUUACAACUGGGUGGUACUCAAGUUAUGCAUAGAAACGGUAUUUCUCACUUGACUGCCCAAGAUGAUUUCGACGGAAUUUCUAAGAUCGUCAACUGGCUUUCUUAUAUCCCUGACAAACGUAAUAACCCUGUCCCUAUAUCGCCCUCAAAUGAUCCCUGGGAUCGUGAUGUCGAGUAUUAUCCCAGCCAAAGCGGUUAUGAUCCUCGCUGGUUAAUUGAUGGAAAAGAGGAUGAAGAUUUGUUCCUGUAUGGUUUAUUUGACAAAGGUUCAUUCCAAGAAACUUUGGAUGGAUGGGCUAAGACGGUUGUCGUCGGUCGGGCACGUUUAGGUGGAAUACCAACUGGUGUUAUUGCCGUUGAAACUCGUACUAUCGAAAACACUUUACCUGCUGAUCCAGCCAACCCAAGCUCUACAGAGCAGAACCUAAUGGAAGCUGGACAAGUCUGGUAUCCUAAUUCUGCUUUUAAGACUGCUCAAGCCAUUAAUGAUUUUAACCAUGGUGAACAAUUACCAUUAUUUAUACUCGCUAAUUGGCGUGGUUUCUCCGGUGGUCAACGGGAUAUGUUCAAUGAAGUCCUUAAAUAUGGCUCUUAUAUUGUUGACGCUCUCGCGGGAUACAAGCAACCUGUAUUUGUAUACAUACCCCCUUUCAGUGAACUUCGUGGUGGCUCUUGGGUGGUUGUUGACCCUACCAUUAAUAACAAGCAAAUGGAGAUGUAUGCUGAUGAGGAAAGCAGAGCUGGUGUAUUGGAACCUGAAGGAAUGGUCAGUAUCAAGUUUAGACGUGAAAAGCUUCUUUCAUUAAUGCGCAGAUGCGAUGAGCAAUAUGCUACUUUACAGGAUAAACUUAACCAAAAGAAUUUGAACCCAGAUGAGCUUUCUUCAGUCAAGGUGCAAUUGAUGGAACGUGAGCAAAAGAUAAUGCCUAUUUAUCAACAAAUUAGCAUUCACUUUGCUGAUUUGCAUGAUCGCGUUGGUCGUAUGGUUGCUAAGAAAGUUAUUCGUCAACCCUUAAAGUGGACCAAUGCUAGACGCUUCUUCUACUGGCGUCUAAGAAGACGUUUGGAUGAGCAUUACUCCCAACAGAGAUUGAUGCAGCUUAUUCCUGGAUUAAGCCACGAAGAAUCACAAUGUUGCCUUAAACGAUGGUAUGAGGAAUGGAGGGGUAAGCAAGAUUGGGAUACUGCUGACCGAUCCGUUAUUACAUGGAUUGAAGAAAACAGCGAAAGCCUAAUUAAGCACACCCUAGAGUUGAAGAGCAAGUAUUAUAGCAAUAGGAUUGCUGAAUUGAUUCGUGCUGAUAAGCAAAGCAUGAUUGAUAGCCUUGCUUUGGUUUUAACCGAACUUGAUGAAGCAGAGAAAAAGGAAUUAGCUGCAAAACUUGCUGCUAGGAACUGAGAAUAAACUUAUGAACUCUGAGGAUAAUGUCUUGUAUUUAUUUCGUCCAGGCUUUCUUCCGUUAGUCUGUUAUAUGGAUUACAAGCGCCCCGGUGGAAAUUUCACCUUGUAAACCUACAUAAUGUACUUAUACCCUGAAUAUAGGAGAUGCGAAUUUACUUUUCAUUAUUUUUGAUAAAUUAUGACAAAUCGAAGAUUUGAUCAAUUUGUUGCAUAUACGCCGUUCGUUUAGGAACAAAUCAUCCUUUGAGGAUAGAUAGUGCUUUUCUAUCAAUGAAAUAAUUUUAAUCUUAUGAGAUGAAUAUGAACAUACUUUACUGAUCAUCUAUGUACUGUUAAGAUCUUACUGUAAAUGAAGUUUAUUGAAUUUACAAUGAGUUGUAGUUUAUAGCUUGGAUGUAUUUGAUAUACAUCAAUAAAC